AUGGCCACCGAGGCUGGUCUUCUAUCACCUGUGGCGGGAUCCAUCAGUUGCUCCCUCUACGCCGACGAUGUUUCCGGUGAGGUUUCCGGGCUGGUCGUGAACCUUACUAAGAGCCAAGCCAUUCCGAUCCGCUGCGACGACAUCAACAUCACCACCAUCCUGCAGCCGGUUGGUCUGCAGGUCUCCACCUUGCCGUGCACAUAUCUGGGCAUGCCCCUAUCGCUUCGCCGGCUGAGGAAAAUCGACAUCCAACCCCUCAUCGACAAGAUCGCGGCGCGGUUAGGCCACUGGAAGGGUAGGCUCAUGUCCAGGGCAGGCCGGCUUACCCUGCUCAGGGCCGUCCUCUCGGCACUGCCGGUGUUCAUCAUGACGGCGCAUCCCCUGUCCGCGUGGGCGAUUGCGCAGAUCGACAAACUUCGGCGUGCGUGGCUAUGGGCAGCUAGGGACACCUGCACCCCGGGCCAGUGCAGGGUCGCCUGGAAGCUCGUCUCGUCUGCCGACCAAGAGAUUUGGGCGGCCUUGGGGUGCUUGAUCUGCAGCGCUUCAAUAACGCGCUGCGGCUACGGUGGCUGUGGCAAGCGAAGACGGCGAUCAAACCUUGGAAGGGGCUGCUGGAACAACCAUCCAAGGCUGACAUGGCCCUAUUCACCUCCAUGA